AUGUACAAAACUGCAGAGAAUAAGAAUGAAUAUCCUCAGGUCGAGGAAAAAGCUCUGGUAAUUCUCACACAAUUUUCCACAUCUUCUCUGCGUGAGUUGGAAAGCGUACAGUUGGUCGAGGAAGAAAUGAAGGUAAAGGAUCUCUUCAGCGUUAUCAGAGCGCGGAAUAACCUAGACAACGAAGUUAUAGAUAAACGAUCCUCGCUGAGCUCUAAGAAUAGGUACGAUAGGGCUCUCGAAGCAAGGAGAGAGAGACAGAAUCCAGUAGCUGUCAGUGAGGGAGGGCCAGAUGGUCUUCAGCACUCAGCAAUGUCCAGAAGUCGUCAGGCAGGACAGUAUGAGCUCAGAAACAACAAUGACACAUUCGCAGACACAGCAGAAGAGGUGGAGGAGAUCAACGCAGGUGGUCGCGGUGGCGUUCAGGUGGUGACUGACAAGCACGCAGGUACCAGCUGGCUCCUGGUAACCCACGCCACCUGGAGAGACGCAGGCAACUAUACCUGCGCCCCCGCCCACGCCACGCCCGCAACGGUCUCCGUGCACGUGUUAGACGAGGAGGUGCCUGCUGGGCUGCACCACGACCUGCACCCCAGCAAGGCACCACCAGCCACCACCGCCACCACUCCGCCUCCAGUAGCCGCCUCUCUUACGCUCACUCUGCUUGCGCUGCAGCAAGCUCUGCCCGACAACCACAACCAACUUAGGCGUUUCUGCUUUCUGCUGGGGAUGUGCACUCUGCUGAACCUCGUCGUCGUCGCUGCUUCUGCUGCUGCCGCUGUGUGUAAGACAACGCAGGAUCUAGAAACCUUUAAUAUCGCUCAGUGCCUUUAGUCAAAGGCAGUGACUGUGAGUAGGAGACUUUGGUAUGUGUGUGUGGUGUGGUUCACCAAAAGUAUGUGCAGUGCUAUGUUCUGGACUUCCAUGGAUGGGAAACCAUUUAUUUAACAUAUUUUGUCCACUAGUGGUUACAUGCAUCAGUAUGUACAUAAAGGUGUAUCUACUUCCAGAUUAUAAAUUUUGUGGUUGCUGCCGUGGCUUUGAGCACAGGAAGUGGAACACUAAAAGUGAGGUUACGGGUUCGGAGAAGUAUUUCCAUUAGACGUCUCACAUUUCUGGCAACGCUGGCUCGUUGCUCACUCCAGGGUUCACCAGCAACGGCGUGCUUAAACGCCCGGAAUUAAACUUCGGUAACUUCAGUAGGCGGACAAAAGAUACGGAAGUUCAUUUCCUGACCUAAUCUAACUUUCCAGGAUUCUCGUUUGUAGGUUUCCGUACCUCGGGCCUUUAGAGUCCGUAUAUUCCGCAUUCGCAGGCAUUUAUUUAUGGGACAUGUGCUGAAUAUUCGUUAUGAACGAACGUAAUAUUUUAAUAGAUUAAUUGAAAUUUUAACCUAUGAUAUGGGAUUGUUAGCUCAUCGUCUUAGUCUCUGUGAUGCAGAACGACACAAGCUCACAACCCCAGAUCACUGGCUCGAAUUCCGAUCACUGUAAUGAGUGUAUAUAUUAUAUUGAAGGCUGUCUUUUCAAGUAAACUGUAUUUUACUGACUGGUAAUAAUUAAAAGGCAGAUUGUUCGUGAAUUCAAAAAAUGGUCCACACGACAGUACGUGUUCCUUGACCUCUCAGAAUACAGCUGCCAUCCGCAUGUAACCCUUUCUAUAUUUUUGUAAUUCUCAUAUGGAUAAACAGUUCCCAGGUAAUGGAGAGUGUAAGGUAGAGUGAAGGUACCCAGGCGAGGCAGAGACCAUGUCACCAGUCAUAGUUAUAUUGUUGAUGAAAAACAAUCCACAUGUUGCAUCACAUGCUUUUAUUGGUACAACCUUCUUCUGUGUGUAUUUAAAAGCUAAUUAAAAAAGAAAUAGAACGAUCUUAAUAGACUAUGGAAGUUAACCUCUCAGCUUGUGUGAACUUUCUCCCUGCCCAGUAGAUUUGGGAGAACUUUCUGCACAAAGAUUCAGGCACAGCAUCAUUAUUGAGAAGCUGUGUGUAGAGCUUUAUCAAAACAUGACUUACUAAAUCUUUAUACAGAUAGUGAACUUUCUGGAGUGAACAUACGAAUCAUUAGAACAAAAAUAUAUAAUCAUGAAUAUUCUACAUGUGCAACACCUGGCUGCCCAUAUUGAGAGACGCUUCGCCAACCGACGGUUCAUAAAUAUAAUACAAACGAAGGCUUUUGUAGUGAAGCCAGUUGAAAAAGUAGUAACAGUUGAGGCUACAUGUUAUCAUGUUCACUGUUGGGUCAAGGCUACGUUCACUAGCGAGGUCUCCGCUUGUGCUGCAUUGCUCUACACCGCUCUCACGUCUCUGUAUUAGACUAUUAACGCCAGUGUAGGGAGAAACAUCUCUCAUUAAAGAUGUCCAGGUGUUGCACAACAUGUGUCUUAUUCAGGAACCUAGGAGAUCAAAGAUAUGC